AUGAAGCCAGAUAACACUCUCGACGUGGAAGCGUCCAGCAACAAGGACAACAUGCCUCACACGACCCUCUCCAACGAUGAUGACCUCAAGCACGGUGCCUGCAUCGAGGACAUUGCGCGAGUCAUUGACCACGCUGCAGAAAAGAGCUUGGCUCUGAAGUUUGAUUUUCGCAUCCUGCCUGUUCUUGCCGUUAUGUAUCUUUUCAACGCCCUCGAUAAAGGAAACAUUGGCAAUGCCCAGACUAAAGGUCUCAGCAAAGAUCUCAACUUCAAAGACGGGCAAUACAAUCUCAUCAUCUCCAUCUUCUUCGUCCCUUAUGUCAUCUUUGCCCCUCCUUUCGCGAUGCUGGGCAAGAAAUAUGGCCCAGCUCGCGCUCUUCCCAUAAUGAUGUUCUCCUUUGGCUCUAUGACCCUUCUUACAGCAGCUGCCACGAACUUCAGCGGCAUCUUCGCCCUUCGUUGGUUCCUAGGAAUGGCUGAGGCCGCCUUUUUCCCCACAGUCAUCUACUAUCUCACCACAUUCUACCGUCGUGGCGAACUGGCGAGACGCUUGGCCAUCUUUUAUGCUGCCUCCAACAUCGCCAAUGCGUUUAGCGGCCUGCUUGCUUUCGGCGUCUUCCACAUCAAAGACAGCAAGAUCCUGGCCUGGCGCUACCUGUUUAUCAUCGAAGGUAGCGCUACAAUCCUCUUUGCCAUUUUCGCCUUCUGGUACCUGCCAAGGAGCGCGAGCGAGGCCAAGUUUCUGAGCCAGGAGGAAAAAGACCUUGCUUUCCACCGUAUCCAGGUCGACUCUUCCUCGGUCGUUGACGAAAAGUUCAACCUGAAGGAAGCCUUGAAAAUCUUCACAUACCCCUCUACAUUCUUCUUCCUGGGCAUCGAAAUCUGCUUAGGUGUUCCCCUUCAGGGUGUUUCCCUGUUCCUGCCCCAGAUUAUCCAGCGUCUCAAAUACGAUACUAUCAAGACCAACCUCUUUACCGUGGCUCCCAAUGUCACUGGUGCUGUCAUGCUGUUGGUUCUCGCCUUUGCCUCCGACUGGACGCGGCUGCGCUUCCCGUUCAUUGUGCUCGGCUUUCUCUUCACCUUUACUGGCUUCAUCAUCUAUGCCGCUAUUGAGGAUGUCGAAAAGCAACUGCAACUCGCCUACUUUGCCACAUUUAUGAUGUGCUGGGGAACGUCGGCACCAUCUGUGCUUCUGUCAACCUGGUACAACAACAAUGUCGCCCACGAAGGUCGCCGCAUCACACUUACCGCUGUCGGUGUGCCGCUCGCCAACCUGAUGGGCCUUGUGGCGAGCAACAUUUUCCGGCAAAAGGACGCUCCCAAGUACAUGCCUGCACUGAUUACCACGGCCUCGUUUGGUGCCGCGGGUGCGACGCUAGCUGGAUGUCUCGGCGCUUACAUGAUCUUUGACAAUGCUCGGCGCAACCGCAAAGCAGGCAGGAAGACUGACGCACGCGAUGUGCCCACUCACCGGCUACGGGACGGCCCAAGCACCGAUGAGUUUAGGUGGUUCCUAUGA